AUGGGUUUACAUAAGCGUGAAAAGAAUGGUCUUCUCUCGUACGAGAAUCCCAAUUAUCACUUGGACCCGACGCGACUGGAAUCCGCAAUCUACAGUGACCUGUACGACAUGCAUGACGACAAAAGCAUGCCGGACGACUACGACGCUUAUCUAGAUAACAGGAGAGUUGAAGACGAGGCGUCUUCACCAGUUGGGAAAGUGAACGAGAACUGCGGUCUCAUCACGCCGCCGCAGCAAAAUGGCGGGGAGGAAUCGCCCCCUCCCGAAAAAGAACGGGCUGACCGAGAAGACUCAGAGAAGUUACACACGGCCUCCAAUGGACCAGUGCCUCAUUGCGCUGAGGGGCCCAACGAUGAUUUGUACGCUAUUCCAGUCAAGCUAAGGCCAAAGAAGGAGACGCUACCUCCUGGUUGGGAAAAACAUGAAGAUAAUGAUGGCCCCUACUACUGGCACAUAAAGAGCGGAACAAUACAACGCGAGAUACCGAAAAUGCCCCCGAUAGAGGCGCGUGAGUCUCGAAUUUCCAUGGUUCGGGAUUGUUCCAACCUAUCAGAAGUCAAGUACGACGGGCCGAUGACGACGUCAGUGACGAGGAGUACCACCAGUGGUGCGCUUGAUCACGACGCUCAAGAAGCUGAGAGGAAGCGGAAAGAGGAGAUUGCGUACAAACGCCGCAGUUACCCCGCGCGUCCGGAGUCCGACGGGCGUGCGGUCCGGUUCUUCGUCAGGUCUCUCGGUUGGGUGGAGAUCUCUGAAGCUGAUCUCACUCCGGAGAGGUCGAGCCGAGCCGUGAACAAGUGCAUCGUGGACCUCAGUCUCGGUCGGAAUGAUUUACUGGAUCAAGUUGGGCGUUGGGGAGAUGGCAAGGAUUUAUUCAUGGAUCUGGAUGACGGAGCUCUGAAACUGAUCGACCCUGAAAGUCUGAACACACUUCACACGCAACCCAUACACACCAUACGGGUUUGGGGAGUCGGAAGGGAUAACGGACGGGACUUCGCAUAUGUAGCUCGCGAUAGAGUGACACGCAAGCACAUGUGUCACGUGUUCCGCUGCGAGGCACCAGCUCGGUCCAUCGCCAACACUCUACGUGACAUCUGCAAGAGGAUCAUGAUUGAGCGCUCGCUGCAGCCGCCGCCGCGUCCCACAGACCUCCCGGCUGCUAGGCGACCCCGGCCUUUGUCUGGUGCCUCGUUCCCAACACCCAUGGAAGAGCCCCGCAAGACGGUUCGAGCUCGUUAUUUGGGCAGCGCAGAGGUACCCAGGCCAACCGGUAUGGACGUGUUGAAUGACGCAUUAGAGCGACUCACAGCUGCGCGGGCGCCGUCCGCCUGGCGUCCUGUCGCCGUGGCUGUAGCGCCUUCUUGUAUUACCAUCACUGAGGAAGGGGAAACAACGCCCAUAGUGGAGUGCCGAGUCCGCUAUCUGUCCUUCUUGGGCAUAGGACGCGAUGUCCGUCGCUGUGCGUUCAUAGUCCACACGCCGCAGGACAGCUUCGUUGCGCAUGCGUUCCAUGCGGAACCCAGCUCUGGGGCACUUUGUAAGACAAUAGAGGCUGCAUGCAAGCUCCGCUAUCAGAAAUGCCUGGACGCACAUGGCGGUCUCUCGGGCCUCGGCAGUUUUAGCAACAUGCCUGGCGUCUGCGGCAUCUCCAACGCGAGCGGCACCAGCGCAGGCAGUCCUCCAUCUAGUGACGCGCAAAGAGCAUCUCUCGGGCAGGCGCUUAAAUCGCUUGUCGGCUCGCUUACAGGCCGACGUGCUUCUUGA